AUGACGUUAUCGCGUUUGCUUGUCUUUGCCGUUCGACAGACGAACGCAGGCGGCAAGACCGACCUCACUGGCCCCGAGGUCUCGAACGAGAGCGACGAGGAGAUACUGGUUUGCGAGACGCCCUUCGACCGCCCCGACGAUGUUAUCGUCGAGGCGAGCGACCUCGAGGAAUACCUCAACAACAUGUCGCCCUAAGUUCAGGGCGACAUGUUGUUGAGGCACGGGUUAAGCGCCGCCGAAGUCCAGGGCGACAUGUUGAGGCUGUUGCGCUGUCGCCUGGUUGGUCAACACGGCAGCGUUUGUUUGUUGCUUUUUUUAUUUCUGUGUGAUCUACUUCUGCAUUUUGAUGAAGUAGGCGGUUGGUGGCGGGGUCUUUUUUCGCGUCUGUCUGUGACCGACGCCGGGAGCCUUCGCCGGCUUCGGGGGGGGGGCUUGUUCUUGAAACCUAGGUANGCUGUCGCCUGGUUGGUCAACACGGCAGCGUUUGUUUGUUGCUUUUUUUUGUUCUUCUGUGUGGNAUGAUACCUUUGGUCGAGUAAAAUAUGCUGUUGGGGUGGCGCUUGGCGCGUCUCACACACAGCGUUUGCGGUCUUUGUCUUUUAUGUUUUUGCUUUUCUCCAAUGGGGGUCGUUGAAUGCGUCGUCAAAAGUCCACGUCGUUUCUUAUGGCGUCACGUCCCGGAGUGAGUGUCGGAUUAUGCUUUUUGCUUUUCCUGCAUACCUUUGAUGCAUGUCUCGCGUAGCUCUCAAUAGAGUAGUGUUGUGCGCGUCAUACAUAUACGAAACGGAGAGGGCAUUGUAUCACUAGGUACUCUUCGCUGUUUUGUGUACGGAGGCUCGAGAUGCGGUGACUGAGGGAGAAUCUUCGGACAGAUGGAUCGGUGUGUCAUGGAUUUGAUACAAGCGCCGGCUGUUCCUGUCGGUCUAAACUCUGGCGUGUACUUUGUCAUCCUUCGUGUUUCCUGUUUGCGUAUCAAGCAUGUAGCCGGUGCUGCGGGAGUCACUGUAACCGUAGGAAACAGAGAAAA